AGCAAUCAGGUCAAUAUCAGUGUUCAUAUAUUAGAGAUCUAAGCCGCGAUGUUGGGCAUUUUACGGCGCAAAGCUGCUUCCGGCGCGUCAUCUGCUUCGGUUCGUAGUAUAUAUGAAUGUAUAUAUGUGUGCUCAUGUGUUGAACGCGCGAUUAGUUCCUUGCUUUUUUAUUUUCGUUAGUUUGAAUUUUCUGGAGCAGAGUUUAGGGAAAUCCUUGCGUGCAAUUCAACCUGGAUUAUUGAGUCCCAAAGCAUGCUCCUCUGUUGCUGACGAGUUCACUGCAAAGAUCAAUACAUCACGGGCAUUUUCUUUUACUGGUUCUAGAUGGGCAGGCGUAGCUAGCCAAUUCAGCUCAAACUCCGCUACAAAUGAUAGUAGUGGUAUUUACUGUGGAAAUGUGGACGCAGAUAUUGAUUACAAGGUAAACCCAUCUGUGGUUGCAUCUUACCGGAAAGGAUUAUUUGUUGGUUUGCCAACCAAGCAUAUCGAGUUUCACCGGGCUUUCUCUACAAUUGCAGAUAGACCUGCAAACAUAAGUGAUGAUGGGAAAAAGGUCCUUCGUCCAUUAUCACCUCAUCUUGCUGUUUAUAAGCCUCAGACAAGUUCGACAUCAUCUAUUCUACAUAGAAUAUCUGGAGCUUACUUAGCUGCUGUCGUUUUCGGCUUUCAUGUUAUUUAUCUGAAAGUCGGCUCAGUUUGCCUCAGCUACAACAAUUUCUACCAAUUAUUGUUUUAUUCAUCAACUCUCAGCCAACUUGCUCUUGCAAUAGCUCCCGUAGCAAUAUCCUAUCACGUGGUCAAUGGGGUUCGUCAUUUAGUGGCGGAUUUUUCAGGAUAUCUCUUUCCAAAAAUUGGAAGAAAAAAGCUGAAAGGGCUGUAAAGUGGGAUGACUCAAGUAUUUACCUUGUUCCCGAUAAAACUUUGUGUUUUGCUAUAAUAUUUUCUCAUUUUCUGCAAUCUCAUGCAUUUCUAGAUCCCAGAAGCUCUGUGAUUCUUGGUAUGCGUUGGAUUGGAUCUGAUCUUAUAUCAACUGAUGAUGAUAUUUGCAGUUGAAAUAGAAACAAACAAGUGGUUUAUGAAUAAAUAUUGUGAAUUAUUAUUGUAUUUGCAAUUUUGCAUUCAGCAUCCCCUCAUAACCAUUCCUUAUUAAAAUUCAAAUAUGAAUAAAAC